GUAGACGAACCUGGAAACUUCCACAAGGUUCUCGGUGAUAACUAAUUUUAGGGCUUUGCAUCGCAGGACUUAACUUUUGCAAACAAAAUUCUUCUGCCUUCUCUAACCAUUUGUCUUUUUCUCCACCCAAUCGGUUUGGCAUUGUAGUUGAUUUUGUUUGGUGCAUCUGAAGAUCUGAGGAGUUUGGGAAAUGGUGAGUGGUUUUGGGGAAUCAACGACAGCAUCUCCUCCGAGCCCAUCUUGCUCGGGGAACAGUUCAAACGAUGCUGGUGAUUUUGAAUGCAACAUAUGCUUUGAUUUGGCACAAGACCCAGUGAUCACUCUGUGUGGUCAUUUGUUCUGUUGGCCAUGCCUUUAUAGGUGGCUCCAUCAUCACUCCCAUUCUAAAGAGUGCCCUGUUUGCAAGGCCCUUGUGCAGGAGGAGAAAUUGGUGCCCCUUUAUGGAAGGGGCAAAAAUCAGACUGAUCCCAGGACCAAAUCAUAUCCUGGAAUGGAGAUCCCUCACCGUCCAUCGGGGCAGAGGCCACAAACGGCACCGCCCCCGCCACCUCCUGAGACCAACCCAUUUGGGAAUUAUGGGUUUGGCCUCAUGGGAGGUUUCAUUCCCAUGGCAACUGCCAGAUUUGGAAACUUCACACUUUCCACUGCCUUUGGUGGUUUUAUCCCGUCCCUGCUCAACAUUCAGUUCCAUGGCUUUCAGGAUGCCACUGUUUAUGGGACAACGUCUGGUUAUCCCUUUGGGUUUAAUGCCUUCCAUGGAGGGAACUCGCGGGGUUUUUCACAGGCAACUGGUCAAGUGCAGCGGCAGGAGGACAAUGUUUUGAAGAAUUUGCUUUUGUUGAUUGGAUUUCUCGUCCUCCUCACUGUUAUUUUUGUGUGGUAAUGUCUUUUUGCAUUGAGCUUAAAUUGCUUCAUUAAGGAGUUGUCGUUUUUGUAAAUAUUUUAGCUGACUUCAAGAGGGAAUUGUAUGCUUUUAGAAUACUGUCUGUUUUGCUCUUUUAUCAACUGUAUUAUAGGCACCUGCAGUGAACUUGAAUGCUGCCUGUUUGGCUCUUUAUCACUUACAUUACUGUCUUUUAAUAAUAUCUCCUCUAUGUCAC